AUGUAUCACUCAUUACAGCAUUGGCCAUAUCACUCAGAAGACGAGAACGUGGAAUAUGUAAAACGAGAGAAACCCCUAACAGUAAUAAAACGUGUUACAUCAGUGUUUGCAAGCCGAAAAGCAUUUCAGACUCAUCCGAGUGCGGUAGUUGGCACGAAUGAUGACGAAUCAGUUGAUUCAGCUUCAUCGUUGGAGGACGAUCGUUUGAAAAAAUUACCAGCAGUAUUGGAAAAAGAAAGAGUGGAAGUUGUAUGCAGUGACGCACCAGAAUUUUCCAACAAAUCGAUGAUCUUCUACGAACAAAUGCAAUACAAUGAUCGUUGGUAUCAGUUAGGAGAUUUCGUCUACGUAUAUAAUCCAUUGAAAAAUCGAAAUGCCAUACUACGGGUCGAUAAACUGUGGAAAACAAUUGAGGGUGAUGGGUUUUUCUCGGGGCCCUAUUUUGCACGUCCUCGCGAAAUCAAACACGAACCGGCACGGAUGUUCUACAAGCAAGAAGUGUUUGCUGUCGAUCAGCCCGAUAUAACUAUUCCACUAGAAAAUGUUCAAGGAUUUUGCGCAGUCAUGCACAUUAAAGAAUACACCAAAGGACGACCAACGGAGAUUGAUGAACGUGAUGUAUAUGUAGUGGAAAGUAAAGUACGAGGUUAUGAAGUUGGUGGAAAACGGUGCAGUUUAACAGGUUGUAAAUCGUCAUACUAUGCAUCAAAAAGUGUUGCAAAUGAUUCUACGGUAGGAUCGACAAAUGAACAGAAGACAUCAUUGAAAACUGAUAUGGAUCACUCACCGUCAACGGCAAAAACAAUAGAAGAUUUCCAUUCGAAUGUUCCAUCUACAUCGAAAGAUGUCGUCGAACAGCCCGGUACUGUCACGAAAUUGGGAACUCUUUCUGCUUCAUUUUCGAAUAUCUCUGUGGAUGAUGACAGCAGCAGUGGGUCAAAUCAAGCUGCAAGCACCGUGCGUAACACGCCUACUUCCGUCGAUCAAGAAGAACCGAUGAAUGAUGCAUAUGCUAAAAAAUUGAAGCAAUCUUUAAAGGUAAUUGCGGCAUUCAUUUGA